UAACUACCAUGACAGACGGGUCUGCACCAGAUCGGUUAUACCAACUAUGCCUGGCACGACUGUGUCCUGCGCUUGAGAAGAUUGGCUCCAAACUUGACUGGAACCCCGCCAUAGCUGGACCUCUAGAUAAACUCGCAAGCAGGAUUGCUGAAGAUUUGUUAACGUAUGCAUCCAAAGAUGCAACAUAUUGGAAUGAUUCUUGGGUAAUAUUUUUAACACCCAAAAUAUCAUCAGCCAUUUUGAAGUGGGACCGAUUUAUUCUUGAAUUUGUUGGUAAAAGAUGCAAGAACCUGCGGAGAGUUUUCUUCAAGUGGGUGGCAGAAAAGUUUGACACUAGUCUGUUGGGGUUACUGCCAAAGUCAGUCUGCAGCGUAGACUUUGACGGGGAGCUUUACUACAGGGGAAGAUCCAGUUUCCCAGACUUUGGCCAACAAUCAUGGCUGCCUGAAGCAGAAGGAAUAUUCAGAUCUCUGCUGCUCAGCUACAAGAAACAGCACUCCUUAAAUGACAAGUGUUUGGUAGAGUUGCACCUCGGUACGUCGUCUGUAUCGGCUGAUCAGCUGACUCAAGUGUUGCGGACCGCUCCUAACAUUCGUCUGCUGCGGCACUAUCAGCUGGUUUCAGCAUUAUACAAACUGCACUCUGAGUCUUGGAAGAGUGGCAGCACUAUUCCAACCUACAAGCUCAACAACUUGGAUGCUGACUUUUCUCAUGUGGUUAGAUGCAGGAUGUCUCCACAAGCAGUUUUGCCGGGAGACGCGAUGCGACUAGCCUCUCAGCUGUGUCCGGACGUAGCCUCGGUUAGGGUGCGCAUCGACUGCUCCACCCCUCAUGACAUCCUCGGGCCUCUCACCUCAUUCAAGCGGCUCCGAGAACUGAGCGUCGUCUGCGUCACCAGUGGCGAGAGGUGCAACCUUGACUUCAGCGACAUCUGUCCCAUCCUCGAGGCUCAUGGCGAGACUUCACUCACCUCCUUAGAGUUAAAGGUGAUUGAAGAAGUUGAAAGUCACCAGAUAGUGUUUCUGUGUCCGAGACUUGAGGUUCUGGUGCUUAGUGGAUGUGGGUUUGUCUGUCCUCCAACAUGCGGAAGUUUCAUGUGUGCCAACAAUCCAAGGUACCUGAGGAAACUAAAACUGCUCUUCUAUGCCGAUGGCGAUGACUUCAGUUGGACUCACAAUGUUCCGCAGUGCUUCUGGAAAGCCGCUCUGACUUCAGUAGGCCCAACAAAGAAGUCCCGGUUGUCCGGAUUAUUUCUGGAGUCUCCUCGGAUAACAGAGACGACUGCUCGGGAGCUUUGGACUGCAGGACAAACUGUUUUGUAUCCUGAGCUACGAGUAGUUAGCCUUCUUAGAUACAGCGAGAUAACUUUAGAUGACGUACGCAACCUGACUAGAGGAGCUCCGCUAAAGUACUUACGAGCGACCGACUGUGAGAGACUUCACUCCAAAAGGCUACGACAAAUGUUUACCUCUCAAGGCCUUGUAAUCUGUACAUCGUAAUCUUGAAUUACAAAAUAGAUUUGCAUUGUACUGAUUGUUUUUAACCU